AUGUAACUACAGUGCUUAGAUCAGUAAAGGAUGGUGUGGAUGACCUAAUACAGGGAUUAUCUCAACAGAUGUGUAAUCCUAUGUUGGAAUAUGCCAAGGGCCUCAAGGAUGAUAUGAAAAAUGGAGCGUGCAUGCGUUUAUUGGCCAUGGCGGAUAAGAUGGAAAAAGUGAUGAAAGAUGGCAGGGUUGAGUUGGAGGAUGCAAGGAAGAAAGCGAGACUGGCUGAAGAGAGGAAGAUUGAAGCACUAUGCAAGCUGAAGGAAACAGCAGAAAGAGUGAGGAAAUUGAAGGAACACCUGAACUCUCUUUCAGAAGCCAAAAGAGGACUCAGAGAUUCUUCAUUUUCAGAAAAGUUCUCAGACAUGGAGGAAGACCGAACAAAAGAUGACAAGCUAUUGUGGGGGAUAUUGAAGAAGAAAAGAAAAUGUAAAGUACCAGAGAGCCCCUUGGGACCUGAAAUGCUUUUGUAUUUUGGUGCCACUAAGGAUAACCAUAAGCCCAAAGGGGUGAGGCCAUUGUCCAAUCACAGACCAGCCAGAAGGAGCUGUACAGCAGGGCUGAGUCCAAAAACUCCAUUCUUGAAUGUUCUGAUUCCUUUGGGCUCAUCACCUUCAGCGGUAAAUCAACCAGUAACUUCAUUGAGGUACACUGCUCACUGAAUACUUUGCUUGAAGUUGUGGAUUUGCUAGCUUUCAUUGUCAAUGGAGGGUUUUGCUUCCUUUUCAGUUAGCAUGCCUGUUAGCCUUUUAACGGGCUUUGCACUAUGGUGCCCUUUCUCAAAUUGGAAGCAAAUGCAUGAUUAAAAUAGCAGAAUAGUCCCUUAGUACUGGAAGAGUUCCUUGCUUGUUUAAAGUUCACAUAUGAGAUUAGUUGUAGGCCAUUGCAUCCUGUUUGCAGAAUGAGAGUGCACUCUAUAGUGACACUCACAAUGGUUACAACAGAGUGAAAUACUGAAAAGAAACGAAGUAUGGUUCCCUUUUAUU